GCAGCAGUGUGUGUUCAACAGCAUCAUCUCACGGACACGCACCGCUUUACUUUCGCUCCAGUCUGACUUGUCUCCCGCUAAAAAAAUAAAACAACAACAAACAGAACAGGACAAAAAACACGACAGAGUCUCAAGCUGUUUUAGCUCGACAGAAGAGCAGCUUCAGACGCUUGAAUCGCUUUCUUAUUUUCCGUCCUCGCAGGGUUUUUUUUUUGGCCACUCCAGACAGCAGACCGGACUUCUCCCGUUGACUCUCGCAAGGCAAAAUGGGGAAACAGAACAGCAAGCUGACCCCUGAAGUGAUGGAGGAUCUGGUGAAGAACACAGAGUUUAACGAACAUGAGCUCAAGCAGUGGUACAAAGGUUUCCUGAAGGACUGCCCCACCGGACGCCUCAACCUGGAGGAGUUCCAGCAGCUCUAUGUCAAGUUUUUCCCCUACGGCGAUGCUUCAAAGUUUGCCCAGCACGCCUUCAGGACCUUCGACAAAAACGGAGACGGCACCAUCGACUUCAGAGAGUUCAUCUGCGCGUUGUCUAUCACAUCACGAGGCAGCUUCGAGCAGAAACUCAACUGGGCCUUCAACAUGUACGACCUGGAUGGAGACGGCAAGAUCACACGGGUGGAGAUGCUGGAGAUCAUCGAGGCAAUCUACAAGAUGGUCGGCACUGUGAUCAUGAUGAAGAUGAACGAGGACGGCCUGACGCCUGAGCAGCGGGUGGACAAGAUCUUCUCCAAGAUGGAUAAGAACAACGAUGACCAGAUCAGCCUGGAGGAGUUCAAAGAGGCGGCCAAGAGCGACCCGUCCAUCGUAUUACUGCUGCAGUGUGACCUCCAGAAAUAGGCCGGAGGGCGAGCGGAGGAGCGCUCCACCAGCCGCCACGGACUGCACAGAAAGAAUUUCAUGUUCCAUUCAGUUUGCAGCUAUUUCCACUGAAAAAAAAUAUAUGCUUGGACUACCUUU